CCGGGGAGGCUGCACCGGGCCCGCUGUGCCCGCACGGCUCCAGGUGUCCCCUCUGCCCCCGGGACCCCUGAAAGCUGUCUGCGUGGUUCUUUGCGUGUAGGUGCAAGUGGUGUUGAAAGGAAUGUUUCUGAAAGUCAUGACCAAGCAGUCUGUGUGGUACAGACAUGCUAAUCAGUGCUACCAUAACAACUUUUCCGAGAUGUUAAAUCUGCUGAAGAAUAAAGCUUUGUGUUUGAAGUGUUUGAGCAACUUGUUCCUGCCCAAGUCAUGACACUCCCGUUUCGAAAGGACUUGGACAAGUACAAAGAUCUUGAUGAGGAUGAGAUUCUUGGCAAACUUUCAGAAGAAGAGCUGAAACAACUGGAAACAGUUUUGGAUGAUAUUGACCCUGAGAACGCGCUCCUGCCUGCAGGCUUCCGGCAGAAGGACCAGACUGCCAAAAAGGCCUCAGGGCCCUUCGACAGGGAACGGCUCCUGGCGUAUUUGGAGAAGCAGGCUCUUGAGCACAAAGACAGAGAAGACUACGUGCCUUUUACAAGAGAAAAGAAAGGAAAAAUAUUUAUCCCCAAGCAAAAGCCUGUCCAGUCAUACACAGAGGAAAAAUUCACUCUUGAUCCAGAGCUGGAGGAAGCUUUGACCAGUGCCACAGACACAGAAUUGGGUGACCUUGCAGCUAUACUGGGAAUGUCCAACUUGAUAACAAACAGUCAGUUCUGUGAUGUAGUAGGAAGCAGUAAUGGGAUUGACAAAGACAGCUUCUCAAAUAUAGUAAAAGGUGAAAAAAUGUUGCCUGUUUUUGAUGAGCCGCCAAAUCCCACAAAUGUGGAGGAGACUCUGCAAAGGAUUAAAGAUAAUGAUUCUCAUCUUGUUGAAGUCAAUCUAAACAACAUUAAGAACAUACCAAUUCCAACACUGAAAGAAUUUGCAAAAGCCUUGGAAACCAACACACAUGUGAAGAAUUUUAGCCUUGCAGCCACCCGAAGCAAUGAUCCUGUUGCUGUUGCUCUUGCAGAUAUGCUGAGAGUAAAUACAAAAUUAAAAAGCUUAAACAUAGAAUCAAACUUCAUCACUGGAGUUGGAGUUUUGGCACUGGUUGAUGCACUGAAAGACAAUGAAACACUGACAGAGAUCAAAAUUGAUAAUCAGAGGCAGCAGCUGGGCACACUUGCAGAAGUAGAAAUUGCCAAGAUGCUUGAAGAAAACACCAAGAUCCUCAAGUUUGGGUACCAUUUCACACAACAGGGACCUCGAGCCAGGGCAGCUGCAGCUAUCACAAAAAAUAAUGAUUUGGUUCGCAAGAGAAGGGUUGAAGGAGACAACUAGCAGAUCUUGGUGUCAAAAUUUUAUGGAGCUUUCAGGGAUUGUCAGAGCAUGCUCAUCACCAUGAGCUUUGGCAAUCUUGGACUACAUUUACCUGGGUUCGAAGGGAAAAGACUGGAAACCCCAUUCCUUUAAAAGCAAAACGAUGUUAAUGGUCUGUUGGUAGGCAUCACUUUUCAGAUUGAAACACAGUAACUGCCCCAGUCUCUGUACCAUAGGUUUUGAUUGUUUUUUUAAGAAAUUUUUUGUAUUUCAAAAUUUGGACUGUGCUUUCUACUUAAAAUGUAAUUACAAAUCAGUGGUAUGAUUGCCUGUAGUCAAAGAAUGGGACUUUCAAGAUCACUGGGCUGGUAAUGACCCAAUUGAAAUGUUUGUUAGAAAAUCUGGGGGUGCUUAUUUGUGUGGAGGGGUGUGUAUAUUCAUGUAAACAAUGCCUUAGUGAUAAGGGGUUCUUCACACAACAGUUGGACCCAUUGUGUGGAGCUGUUCAGCCUCGUUCCUAUGCACUGAAGUCUUUCACAGCUGUCUUAUUUGUAUUUCUACUUUUAAAAAAUUUUUAUGAAUUCUGUGGUUAAGUUUAAAGACAUCCCUUUAAGCCAAACAAGAGUAAAUUGGCUGAGGAUUUCUCCCAAGAGAUUUGAGGGACCUAUGAAAAAGUAGAAGCCAUGCAAAACCAAAACAAAACAAUGAGGACUCUUUGCUUAAUGAUAUUUUUUCUAUUACACCUAAAUCCUUGAAGUCUUUUUCAAAAGGUUGCUUAACUAUAUCUUGCUCUUCAACUGGAUAUGUUUUUAGACUGAUUACAUGUGUUCAUCAACAUUAUUUAGUUUAUAAUCUUUGUUUAAAAGUCUUUAUUUACAUUCAUAAGUAUCAAUUUCUUUUGAAGUAGUGGACAUGCAUUUGUUAAAUUCUGCAUUAUUUUGUACAGGAAAAGCAGCCUGUACUGUAAAACCACUGUCCUAAGUUGCUGGGAAAUGGAUAAAUCCCUUUUUUCAGGCUGUUGCAUCUAGCAAUUAAUGCUUCGUAUAAACCUAUCAUUUUUUAAUCAAGCAAUGAAGUAACAGUUUCAAGAAAGGAUUUUUUUUUUCUUGUCUAGGUAUGUCUUGGUGUUAAAACAGUACAUAAAGCAUGCAGAAAUUAACCAAAAUGCAGUGUCAAAUCAGUAUGGCAUAGUAAUUAAGUAUUUAAAAUUCCGUAUCUAAGCAAACUAAUAAGGCAACAAAAAUCACUUCAACUUCUGUACAUAAUCAUAGUAAACUACUCUGGAAUAAUAUGAAAAUCUAGGGGCUUUUUGGUGUGGGUGUGUUUGGGUGGCACUGUCCUAGUUUGCUCAAUGCCAUGAGAUUGGAAACUCACAAAAAUGUUGUAAAGAGCUACUGGGCUAUAUUUAUAACAACAGGGAAUUCAACUGACAGCUGUUUUGAAGGAUAUGGAUAAAAGUAUGGAGAGCAUUUUUUGUAUAGAAAAUGUAUUGGACUGAGAUGUUUGCAUCAGGCUGUAAAAACUUAACAGAGCAGCUCCCUGAUGCUGUGCCCAUGCUGUAAUUUGCUGCAGGUCUUCUUUUGGAUCUUCAAAACCAGACUUUAUGCCCCAGUUUUACUGCAACCAAACAAAGAAUUUUAAACUACGGUGCCUUCAGUGAGGAUGUAUAUAGCUGGUUUAUACUUAUGGAAGAAUAUUUUUUUUCCUUUCAAAAUCAACCUUUUAUUACAAUAAGUCAUAAAUGUGUGCUCUGAAAAGCAAGUCAGAAUUAAUUCUGUUAAAACCAAAGACUACACACACUAUAACUUUGAUACAACUAGAAGUGAUCUGACUAGUAAUAAAUCUUGUAUAUUUUCAAGAACUUUUUAAAUUUGAAAUUUAAGUUCUUGCAUGGUAUGCGUUAAGUCACAAAUUAGGUGUCUUUUUACAGGCAGUGCUGUAUAAAUGUAGCCAAAGCAUGUAAUGUGCUGAGUUGCCUAAAGCUAUAUUUACUUUUUAUUUGCUAGGCACAGUAACAUUUUUUUGUCAAAAACCAGGCUGUAAUGUCUUCCUUCAUUUGUUGAAGGGCUGCAUGUUCAUGGAAUCUGUUCAUAUGAUUUUAUGAUUAAUUAUUUGACCUUUAUCUGACAAGAUUAGGCAGUUAUCUUCUUGAUGAUGAAGGUGAAAAAUGAAAUGCUCAGUUACAAAAAUGAUAGCCCAAAGCCCUUCCUUUAUUAAAUCAAGUUUCACUGCUUAAUGAUUUAUAUUCCAAUCAAAGGCAGGGGCUUUUAACCUGCAACUCUCAGGUGUCCUGUCAUAGAUGAUAGCAGUGGACGUCAGUAGCAAUUUGCUUGUUGGCACUUUGAGGACAGGUGUCUGACAGGCUGGGCAUUGAAAAAGUUUAUUUUAUUUUUUUAAUCCGAAUGGUUUUGGUCUCCAAAUUGUUGCAAGGCUUUUGGCACAGUGCAUGGAACACUUACAACAGUCACUUUUGUGCCUGCAAUGUGUAUCCUUUUGGGAAUAAAUUAAGGAAUUCAGUCUGUAGCCAGGCAUCACAAACAAAGCGAAUGCUGAUGUGGUGCUGUCAACUAUCAAGUAUAGUUUGAUGAUUUUUUUUGAGUGUGAAAUGGGUAUUAAUUUCAUAACCAGCUCCCAUAAAUACCAUUAAAAGGUCGUCUUUCCAAAGGAGGUGAUGCUUUUUAUUUGUUGACUUGUCAGGCUUAAUGCAGGAAGACCACAUAUGUUGAUUCUGUUGGUUCUAAGCUAAAGCAUGGAAACACAGCCUAUAUUCCAAAGCAAUUAUCUUUAUGCUGUUGCAUUUUAAAGAGAGCACCUCAUUCUCUCUACACCUUGGGUAAUACUGUUUGUAAGCUACAAACGAGUAAGUGUUCAAUUUAAAUUUCCAUUGAGGAAACAUGAAUUGAAUGUUCAAGCAUAUCAGCACUGUAUGCUGUCCGAUUGUAAACCAGUAAAAGUUUUGGAUGAUUACUGUACUGUA